UACUUCAUAUGGGGCCGGCCGGCCCAGAUAAUGUUGCUUACGGGCCUAUUGUUGUGUUGUUACGCCAUUGGAUCUAUUGGAGGUCCAGUGGGAAUUUCAGGAUCAUAACCAGUGCUGGAGUUAAGCUCUAAUAGCGCCUAUUCUGCGUUCCGCCCGCCUUGCUGGCUCGGAAAUCGUGCGCACCCACAGAUUUGAUUUUGUGUUUCUAAUGUGCGACCAGCGUUACUUGUUAUUUAAAUUAAUACAAAUUUACCCAUUUAAUGAAACACUGGUCCUUACAGCGACUGAAAUAAAAAACCUUCCUUUUUAAAGUGAUGAUUUACUUUGGAAUACAAAAACCCAUCGAAGCGUUGACGCCAACCUUUAUAUUUAGCAGCCAAAGCUACGCACUCAGGGGACUGCACUGUUUUGGUGCGGCACGUGAGGUUUAAAUUGAAUAAUCCGAGGGUGGGAAGAUUAGUUUCGCUUCUUUCUUUUUUUGUAUUUAUCAGUUGUUUUACAUAACCACAAACCUGGGCAAGCUUACAAACCGACAAAAGACAGCGCUGUCUCAUCGACACCGGAGGCGGCAGCGGUUGCCCAGCGUGCCGCCCAAACACAAAGCCACCACGGCAGCGCCAGGCAUCAUGAUGGAGGGGGGCAUGCAGCUGCUCAACCGCGAUGGGCACAGCAUCUCGCACAACUCGAAGCGGCACUAUCACGACUCCUUCGUCUCCAUGAACAGGAUGCGACAGCGUGGCCUGCUGUGUGACAUCGUGCUUCAUGUUUCCAACAAAGAAAUCAAGGCGCACAAAGUGGUGCUGGCGUCCUGCAGCCCGUAUUUCCACGCCAUGUUUACCAAUGAGAUGUCUGAGAGCCGGCAGACUCAUGUGACCCUGCACGACAUCGACUCCCAAGCUUUGGAGCAGCUCGUCCAGUACGCCUACACAGCAGAGAUUGUGGUCGGGGAAGGUAACGUCCAGACCUUGCUCCCAGCCGCCAGCCUGCUGCAGCUCAACGGGGUGAGGGACGCAUGCUGCAAGUUCCUCCUCAGUCAGCUGGAUCCCUCCAACUGCCUGGGCAUCCGAGGCUUUGCAGACACGCACUCCUGCAGCGACCUGCUCAAGUCGGCGCACAAGUACGUGCUGCAGCACUUUGUGGAAGUGUCCAAAACAGAGGAGUUCAUGCUGCUGCCGCUGAAGCAGGUCCUUGACCUGAUCUCCAGUGAUAAUCUAAACGUGCCGUCUGAGGAGGAGGUGUACCGCGCUGUGUUGAGCUGGGUGAAACAUGACAUAGAUGGACGGAGGCAGCAUGUGCCGUGGCUGAUGAAGUGUGUGCGGCUGCCUCUGCUGAGACGAGACUUCCUGAUGAGCAACGUUGACACGGAGCUGCUAGUGCGUCACCACUCAGAGUGCAAAGAUCUGCUGAUCGAGGCUCUGAAGUACCACCUGAUGCCUGAGCAGAGGGGCGUCUUGAGCAACAGCCGGACGCGCCCUCGGCGCUGUGAGGGUGCCAGCCCCGUGCUCUUUGCCGUCGGCGGGGGGAGCCUUUUCGCCAUCCACGGAGACUGCGAGGCGUACGACACAAGGACGGAUCGCUGGCACAUGGUGGCAUCCAUGUCCACACGGCGUGCACGAGUCGGUGUGGCGGCCAUAGGGAACAGACUCUAUGCCGUCGGAGGGUAUGAUGGAACCUCAGACCUCGCAACGGUGGAGUCCUACGAUCCCAUCACCAACUCCUGGCAGCCCGAGGUUUCCAUGGGAACAAGGCGGAGUUGCCUGGGUGUAGCUGUCCUGCAUGGCCUGCUGUACGCUGCUGGGGGUUAUGAUGGAGCUUCCUGUCUGAACAGCGCAGAGCGUUACGACCCUCUGACCAGCACCUGGACAUCAAUCGCCGCCAUGAGUACCAGAAGGAGAUAUGUACGAGUAGCAACUCUGGACGGGAGCUUAUAUGCGGUGGGAGGCUACGACAGCUCCUCACAUCUGGCUACAGUGGAGAAAUACGACCCGCAGAGCAACACGUGGACGGCCAUCGCUAACAUGCUGAGCCGCCGCAGCAGCGCUGGGGUGGCCGUGCUGGAUGGCAUGCUGUACGUGGCGGGAGGCAACGACGGCACCAGCUGUCUGAACUCAGUGGAGCGGUUCAACCCGAAGACGAACACCUGGGAAGGAGUCGCCCCCAUGAACAUACGCAGGAGCACUCAUGACCUGGUGGCUAUGGACGGGUGGUUAUACGCCGUGGGAGGCAACGAUGGCAGCUCAAGUCUCAACUCCAUCGAAAAGUACAACCCGCGCAGCAACAAGUGGGUUGCGGCCUCCUGCAUGUUCACGCGCCGCAGCAGCGUGGGCGUAGCGGUGCUGGAGCUCCUGAACUUUCCGCCGCCUUCCUCCCCCACCCUAUCGGUGUCCUCCACCAGCCUUUGACACGGGGUCACCGUUUGGUUGACCUCGGCCACCGCUGCUACAGCCCAGACUGGAUCUGGGAAAAGACGAAACUGUUCUGUGUGAGAAGCAGGGGAGGAGGAGGACUGCAGGCAGCACAUAGAGGGAGGGAGGACUACUGAGGCCUCCUUAUGUGGUACAGUACACUCCAGAAUUAUUAGCACCUGGUAAAACAGGAUAAAAUAUGACGAUAGAAUACGAGUCUAAAUACAUUGGAGUUUUUGAAAAUAAUAUAACAAUGCAAUUAUGAAAUAUUUAUACUAAAGUUUUCCCCUUAUUUCUAGAUGUCUCUUUUUGCCACGUUGCUAUUAGCUCUGAACUGCACCGUAUCUGGUCUGGAUUGCCUCAGAGCCCCUCUCCGUAUAUCACAAUCAUUCAAAACCUGUUUCUUGAAAAAUAAAAUAAAAAGCAAAAGGGUGCAGCCCAUCAUGAUUAGUGUUUGAAACACAUAUCAUAAAACACCCUGAUUCUGUAAAGUUUGCUGUUACUUUUGGGUUAGAUGUCGUAGUUUUCUGCACAGCUUUUCUUUUUUUUAACGUCAGAAGUUUUUCACAAUAAUAUAUAAUAUAUAUAUAUAUUAAAAAAAAGACGGAUGCCGAACGAUUUUACUUUUGGAAUGUAGCCUUUUAGUGGUUGUACCAUGCAUGUUUCCUUCUCAGCACAGAUUCUCCUCCUUCCAAAAAAAAAAAAAAAAAAAAAAAGAGAGAAAUGUAGAUGUGGUGCCACUGUGCAUCGCUAGGUGGCAGUAACAAGCAAUGUUUAAAAGCACUGCAAGAAAGCAUGGAUACAAAUAACAGGCUUUGCCCUCAGAACUGUAAAUGAGUUUGGAUCUUUAUUUAUAUAAAAUGACAAAUAAUACAGAAGUAUAUGUAUUUAUAAGAUCUAAUAUAUUCUGUUUUAAAGAGAAAGAAACAGAUCCAACUAUUUCAGAGUGUUUUAUUAUUUAUUUAGGCGUGUGACGUGCAUGUCAUGGACGGAAAUGGGGAAGAAGAUUGAGAGAUUGAGAGAGGACUGUGUGGGUCUGGGAUUGUGGACUGCUUGCUGUGUUUUGCAUUUCUUAAUGUUUAUUCACUGCCACAUGACCCUGUACCUCACUGUAUAUCUGAUUGUAUUUAUUGUCUCUUACCUAAAUUCUUUUUCAAAACGCGUAUAGGUGCAUUGUUUACUCCUCAGGAUAGCCAGGCUUGAAAGGUGGAUGCUGUCGUUUACUUUCUCCACUUUGAAAUUGAUCCAUAUCUGUUUUUAAACUGUGUUUAGCUCAUGUUUUAGGUUCUACUUUUUUCAAACGAAGCUGAAACGACGGUGUGCGUUCCGAUCGCAUAAAUGUUACAAUGAAAACCUGCUUUGUCUGAAGUAUUCCCCUCAAACCCUUUAGGUCUAGUCGGAUGUCAUAGCUGAGUUCAGUUCAUGUGUAGUGCAGUGAUACCAUUCCAGACUUCUAAGAAGUUGUCUUUUCUCCUUAUUUUAAAGGAUUUAGUUGAUCUGUUUUAUUAUUUUUCAUUUCUCCAUAUUCAUUAGUGUGCAAAGGUAGAAUUGGAGCGUUGAUGCCCUUAUAAAAAUGUGAUUUAUUCUGUAAAGUGAGUUAAAAAGCUGCACAAAUUCACAUAAGACUCAAAGCCUUUGUCGUGUGGAAUGAAAUGUACAUUUAUUAUUCAGUUUCUUAGUUUUGAUUUUGCAAUUUUAUUGUGACUGUAACCCUUUUUUAAGUUUGUGGUCGAUGUUGUGAUAUUUGUUUAUUUAUAUGUUUGCUAUUUAUGAAACUUUACUAUGUUGAAUUUUGCACUAUUAUGAAGUGGAGCAAUACCGUACACUUGAAAGGAAAUAAAGACGUUUUCAGAUGUG